UCGGGUUUGAUAUGGCAUGGCUGAUAGAGAAGGAUGAUGAUGACGAUAAAGAUCAACGGCUCAGAUCAUCUCACGUGCCUCCACCUUUGCAACCGAUUUGCGUACCUGCCCCAUUUAUACCGUUUUCUUCAACGCUUCUUGAGCUGCUGCUUUUAGCAAAAGAAUAAUCCGUCGCACCUGUGAUCUCAAGUAAAGCGAAAAGUUUCGCCCAGACGAAGAGAAGCAGAGGCCACUGCUUUGCAUUUCAGAGCAAGAGUACAUUCCUGUUCUAAGCUGUCAUUUCUUCCCUUCCUUUCUUCUUGUUUACCUUCCAUUAUUAUUGUAUGUGCAAUUGGGUUUUCUUUUAUCCGUUAGUUCUGUAUUGUUUAGGAUCAGGGCAGACCUAGUUUUCCAAGGAAUCGUAUAGGAAGCAUUCAAUUUUAGUCUUUGGUUUCUGAGUCCGUUCAAGUUCAACGUAGGAAAGAGUGGCGUUUUGCUUCUGUUCUUUCAUGGCUAAGUAAAGCGAUGAUGGCAAGUUAGGGUUUUGGUCGGUGGUGAAUUACUUCUUGUAUUGAUAGUAUAGUCCCCCGGGGGGGUGGGGGGAGCUUUGAAUUGUGGAUUAAGCCUCCCCCUGAAAAUUGCCUGUACGGGUAUUAUUUGGUGUCACCAUUGGCUGCCUUUUCUUGCAUUGAUUUCCAUGGAAACGGGAGGGGAAGAGAAGAGGGAGGUGGUUGUGGCAGUUACAAAAACGCUGGAUAAGAGUAAGAGGGAUGAGUGGAGUGAGGGAGCAGUCAUGAGUCUAUUGGAUGUGUAUGAAGCAAAAUGGUUGUUCCGAAAUCGGGCCAAGUUGAAAGGGAGUGAUUGGGAAGAUGUUGCCCGGCAAGUAUCAGCACGGGAUUGUGGCACAAAACUAGUUAAGAACCCAAAUCAGUGCAAGAACAAAAUUGAGGCAAUGAAGAAAAGGUACCGCAUGGAAUCAGCUGUUAAUAACCAUUCUGGUUCCUGUCAGUCAUGGCAAUUUUACGCUAGAAUGGAUAAAUUGAUGAAAGGGGCACUACCUCUGCAACCCAAGGUUGGAGAUGCGGGUACGAAUGAGGUGGUAGAGAUGGGAAGUUUGCAAGCUUUUCCAAAUUUAUCAGGCUAUCUGGGAAAUGAUACUAAGAAAGUAGAUAAUAACGGUCCUGCAGCCCCUACACAUGCUGAGUUCAUUGAGAAUAAAGCUUGCAAUUAUGAGAAAAUUGGAGUACAUGGACAGGGCCACGUUCGGGGUAGUAACCAAGAUGAUGGGUCUCAUACAGCUCCGUAUAACAGUGAAUUUGGUAGACCACAGAACCAGACAGCCAAUGUGAGUGAGAGGUUGUUGAAGAUAAAUUCUCUUAAGCGAAGGAAGACUAUGGGCAGUGAUGUUGCAGAGAGUAUUAGGAUGUUAUCUCGCUCAGUGUUGAAAGUUGAACAGGCCCGGAUAGAAAUGUACAAGGACUCAGAACGCCUCAGGGCAGAGGCAGAGAUCAAGCGAGCAGAACUGGACCUGAAACGGACUGAAAUAAUUGCAAAAACCCAGUUGCAGAUUGCCAAACUCUUUGUUAAGAGGGUGCACAACCAUAAUAAUAUAAGUGGCAAGUCAUCCUUCGUCGCUGAACACAUUGUCACAACAACUGCCAAGGAUAAAAACGAUUCUCAUUUCACUUUUUAGGCCGUAAGUGGAUCUUUGAAAUGCCAACCCAUAUGGCAGACCUCUAGAUACUGGCAGCUUGCAGGGGCAUGUGGGAGAAAAAGAUCGUGUAGGAACGUAGCACCUGUGUUUUCAGGUACUAAUUUAAUCAUGAUUUAUACUGUCCAUCAGCUCUGAGUGAUGGUAGAUGUUGCUAAUGUACUACAGAUUUUUUUUUUUUUUUUUUUGGCGUUUUUCUACUAAAACACCAGUAGAAGGAGAAACAGGCUGGCAUUUUAAUUGCAGGAUUUUCCAGUUCACUUCAUACAAGACAUAAUCUGGAGAAGUUGCAUACAUAUCAAUGGGCACAAAGUGCAUUAGAAAGUUGGAUUAGGAGGGUAAUCAAACAGAACCACUGUUCGAGUUCGGAUUGGAGACUGGUCACCUAUUGGUUGCUUGUGCCUUGGAACUUAUACAGAUAAUGUCACCUCCUCGAUGGGUAAGGAGCAUAUGCCAAAUUGCCAUACAAUUAGAUAAGAGGCCCGAAAUAUACAAGGCUAGAAUGUCACGUUCUGAAGCUCAAUAUUGAUGUAUUUUGACUCUAGAGGUUAUGUUUUUUGCAUCUUAAUGCCCAUGAACACGUUAAUGUAAUUAUAAGCUUGAAGUAUGACAAGAAGUAUGUUUUGGUAAGCAUGAUGAAUACCAAGUGCCCCCAGCUAGUUUGAACAA